AUGGCAACUCGUUUCUUUGUCAAUUCACUUCCAGACUAUGAGCCCGAAGUACCUGCGGUGAAUCCUCCAGGUCCAGGUCCAGGUAAUACAAUCUUGGAGCUCUUGUCUUUGCCCUAUUCAGAUUUUGCAAUAAGGCUCAAAGAGGCUGCCUUAGCUAUUAAGGAGACUGUGGUAAACGAGACAUGGGGAGUCGGUGGGGAGAGAUAUAACAGAAAUGGUAAUCUCUACUUAGGAACCCUAGGGACAGCUUUCUUACUAUACAAGUGUUACCAAGUAACAGGAAACACAAAUGAUCUUAACAUCUGUUCAGACAUCAUUAAAGCUUGUGAUGCUUCUUCAUCCUAUACCAAGGAUGUUACAUUCAAACAAGGUACUGGAGGUAUUUAUGCUUUUGGUGCUGUGGUUGCCAAACACAGGGGAGACGAACAACUUUGCAAGUACUAUGUAGAUCGAUUCCAAGGGAUUAGCUUACCAAAGGAAAUCUGCGAUGAGCUGAUGCAUGGGAAAGCAGGGUAUCUGAUGGCAUGCUUGUAUUUGAAUCAGGUUAUUGAUGAAGCAGCCUAUCCUUCGUCAUGGAUUAGAACGAUGGCAUGUGAAAUUCUUAAGGAUGGAAGAAAAAUGGGAAAUGGAAGAUGCCCACUAAUGUAUGAAUGGAACGGUGAAAAGUACUGGGGAGCAGCUCAUGGUCUUGCCGGGAUCUGCCUAGUUCUUAUGCAUACCGAAUUGGAUGCAGACCAAGCUGAGGAUGUUAAGAUAACUCUUAAAUACAUGAUUGAACAUCGUUUCAUCAGCAGAAACUAUCCAGCAAGUGUAGAAGACAUGGACCGUGGCCGUGACGAACUUGUUCAUUGGUGUCAUGGUGCUCCUGGUAUAGCCAUUACCCUUGUCAAGGCCAAUCAAGUAUUUGGAGACAAGGAGUUCCUGGAUGCAGCAAUGGAUGCAGCAGAAGUAACAUGGAAGAGGGGACUUCUAAAACGAGUUGGGCUAUGCCAUGGAAUUAGUGGAAAUGCAUAUGUAUUCCUUUCACUUUACAGGCUAACUGGGAAGGAGAAGUAUCUUCAUAGAGCUAAGGCAUUUGCUUCAUUUCUCUUGGAUAGAUCAGCCAAUCUUAUAAGGACAGGAGAGAUGCAUCCUGGAGAUAGACCUUACUCCUUGUUUGAAGGGAUAGGUGGAAUGGCUUAUCUUUUCUUAGACAUGAUUCACCCAACCCAAGCUAGAUAUCCAGCUUAUGAACUCUAAAAAUACUCAUUCCCUAUCUUUCUUUCUUUCAAUCUUCUCCUUCUGAUGACUAUAUCUCCUUGCCCUCAUUA